CUUAAGGUUCUCUCCUGUUACCUUUUCGUCCCAAGCUUAAAUACAACCCAUCAAGCAAAGGUGAAGGCGUACCUAUAGACAUCCUCCAACAACAGCCUUCACAUAUCGUCCCAUUAUCCUUCCUAUUCCCUCUCCAUUUUUUUAUCGUUCAAGUUAAUUUACUCCAGACGGGUUCUUGCGAUCAGAUAUCGCAGUCGUUCUGGUAGCACCUUUGAUCUUGAUGCAUUUCGAAAUUAAUUCUUGAAGCUGUUCUCGACGCGGCUGAAGGGUAACGAGGCCAGGCCGGUAAUCCCCUCCAGCCGCCGCCUACCAUGGCGCAACAACAGCAGCUGGCCCUGGAGGCCCUUGAUACCAUCACUAGAGACUUAAAAUCAAGGGCUGGAGAUGAAGUAAGAAAGCGGGCGGCUGCUCAACUGAGAGAUUUGGUCGCUGCUUGCUUCAGAGACUUCCAGCCAGAACAAUUCCAUGUAUUCUAUAAUGCCGUUAAUAAUAAGAUCACGACCUUGAUGCUUCAUGGCAACGACUCCUCUGAACGUCUGGGUGGCGUUUACGCCCUUGACGCGCUAGUCGACUUCGAAGGCGUCGAUGUUACUGCCAAAUAUACCCGAUUCACAGCGAACCUCAAGACUAUCCUAAGAGGAAAGGAUAUCGUGCCUAUGCAACCCGCAGCGAUCGCCCUUGGAAGGCUCUGUCGACCUGGAGGAUCGCUGAUAUCUGAGUUGGUCGAAUCUGAGGUUAAGACCGCUCUUGAAUGGCUCCAAUCGGACAGGGUGGAGGAAAAGAGAUAUAGUGCUGUCCUAGUCCUCCGCGAGCUGGCCCGGAAUGCGCCCACCUUGAUGUACACCUACGUUGGCCUCAUCUUCGACUUAAUAUGGGUUGGUCUUCGUGACCAGCGCCAACUGAUCCGUGCGACAUCUGCAGAGACGGUUAGUGCCUGUUUCCGCAUUAUUCGAGAGCGAGACCAGGAGAUGAAGCAGGCGUGGAUGACCAAGAUGUACAACGAAACCAUCGCCGGCCUCAAGACAAACACUGUUGAAUACGUCCAUGCAUCCCUCCUGGUUCUUAAGGAGCUUCUUGAGCAGGGAGGCAUGUAUAUGCAGGAGCACUAUCAGGAGGCGUGUGAGAUCGUCUUCCGUAACAAAGAUCAUCGCGACGUAACUAUCCGCAAGACGGUAGUCGUACUCAUCCCAGACCUGGCCAAUUAUUCCCCGGCCGAUUUCGCCCAUACCUAUCUUCACAAGUUCAUGCUUUAUCUAACCGGCAUGCUCAAGAAAGAUAAGGAGCGGAAUGAUGCUUUCUUGGCUAUCGGAAAUAUUGCCAACGCGGUGAAGAGCGCCAUCGCUCCAUACCUUGACAGCGUUCUUAUUUAUGUCCGAGAGGGCCUCAGCAUUCAAUCUAGAAAACGAGGGUCUGUUGAUCCCGUUUUCGAUUGUAUUAGCAGGCUCGCCGUUGCGGUCGGCCAGACACUUAGCAAGUAUAUGGAAGCGCUUCUGGAUCCCAUAUUUGCGUGCGAGCUUACUCCGAAACUCACACAGGCCUUGGUUGAUAUGGCAUUUUAUAUACCGCCUGUAAAAGCCACCAUCCAGGAGAGGCUCCUUGAUAUGCUAAGUAAAGUCUUGUGUGGAGAACCCUUCAAACCCCUUGGGGCUCCUACUCCGAAUUCGCUUUCGUCCGUCCCUAUCAUACCUAAAGACGCGAAGGAUCCGCAAGCUUACGAACACCGGAAGGCUGAGGUGAAGCUGGCUUUGAAUACGUUAGGAAGCUUUGACUUCUCAGGUCACAUUUUAAAUGAAUUCGUCCGCGACGUCGCCAUCAAAUACGUCGAAGACGAUGAUCCCGAGAUCCGCGAAGCCGCCGCCCUCACCUGCUGCCAACUCUAUGUUCGAGACCCGAUCGUGAAUCAGACAAGUUACCACGCGCUGCAGGUUGUCGGAGAUGUUAUUGAGAAGCUACUAACGGUAGGUGUAUCCGAUCCGGAACCGAAUAUACGGCGGACUGUACUUGCGGCCCUUGACGAGCGGUUCGAUAUCCAUCUAUCAAAAGCCGAAAAUAUCCGGACGUUAUUCUUCGCGCUCAAUGAUGAGGUGUUCGAGAUCAGGGAAGUAGCAAUUUCGAUCAUAGGGCGGCUGGCACGAUAUAAUCCAGCUUAUGUGAUCCCCUCUCUUCGGAAGACACUGAUACAGAUGCUUACCGAGCUCGAGUUUUCGGAUGCCCCACGCAACAAGGAGGAGAGCGCAAAACUCCUCAGCCACUUGGUGCAAAAUGCCCAAGGAUUAAUCAAGCCUUAUGUUGAGCCCAUGAUUUCGGUGCUCCUUCCGAAGGCUGGCGACUCGAAUAAUGCCGUUGCAGCCACUAUUCUCAAGGCAAUCGGCGAGCUUGCGACGGUCGGGGGAGAAGACAUGCUUCCCUAUAAGGAUAAGCUUAUGCCGAUUAUUAUCGAUGCGUUGAAAGACCACGCCUCUAAUGUUAAGCGAGAAGCCGCCUUGCAUACUCUUGGUCAACUUGCUAGUAAUUCUGGCUAUGUUAUCGAUCCUUACCUCGAGUACCCUGAGCUCCUGGACCUACUUCAACACAUCAUUCGCGCCGAACCCCAGCGAGGGUCUCUACGACAGGGGACGAUUAAACUGAUGGGAAUUUUGGGCGCGUUGGAUCCUUACAGGUAUCAGCAAGUAGAAGAGCGUGCUCCCGAUGCCAAACGGCGCGUCGAGACCAAUAGGAUGACCGAUAUCUCGCUCAUGAUGACAGGUUUAACACCCUCUAAUAAGGAGUAUUAUCCUACUGUCGUAAUCAACGCCCUACUAAACAUUCUAAAAGACAACUCACUCGCCCCGCACCAUGCUGCGGUUAUCGAAGCCAUCAUGAAUAUCUUUCGCACGCUCGGGCUAGAGUGUGUCCAAUUCCUAGACCGUAUCAUUCCGGCAUUUUUAGAAGUCAUCAAGGACUGUCCACAGAAUCGUCUCGAAUCAUAUUUCAACCAGUUGGCCACACUGGUCAGUAUCGUACGACAGCAUAUUAGGAAUUACCUACCACAGAUUAUUGACACGCUCCAUAAUUACUGGGAUACAUCACCCUCACUCCAAGCUACGAUACUAUCACUUGUUGAGGCCAUCUCGAGAUCUUUGGAAGGAGAAUUCAAGAUCUAUCUCGCAGGCCUCCUCCCUGCGAUGCUUGGCGUCCUAGAGAAGGAUGCGACUACUAAGCGGAUUCCUUCAGAGAAAGUUCUACAUGCUUUCCUGGUAUUUGGCUCCAGCAGCGAAGAAUAUAUGCAUCUAAUCAUCCCCGUAGUCGUGCGGACGUUCGAGAAGCAGGGCCAGCCAACAUUCUUGAGGAAGUCGGCUAUUGAGACCAUUGGCAAGAUCUCUCGCCAGGUCAACCUAAACGACUACGCCGCCAAAAUCAUCCACCCACUGACUAGAGUUCUUGCUAGUGGAGAAUCUUCCCUACGCGUAGCAGCGCUAGAUACUCUUUGUGCAUUGAUUCAACAGCUCGGGCGGGAUUACCUACACUUCAUGGGCACCGUCAAUAAAGUCCUGCAGGCCGGCCAGAUCCAACAUCAAAAUUACGAGCUUCUAGUCAGCAAGCUACAGAAAGGAGAGGCUCUGCCGCAAGAUUUGAGUUCGGAGACGCGGUUCAUUGACCAGUUAGACGAGCCAUCUUUCGCUGACCUUGGCAACAAGAAACUCGAGAUGAACGCGAUUCACUUGAAGGCCGCCUGGGAUACCAAAGGCAAGUCUACUAAGGAAGACUGGCAAGAAUGGCUCCGACGCUUCAGCACAACUCUCCUUACGGAGUCACCAAACCAUGCCCUGCGUGCCUGUGCUAUUCUGGGUAGCGUGCACCUCCCGCUUGCCCGUGAGUUAUUUAAUUCGGCUUUCGUCUCAUGUUGGAGCGAGCUCUACGAGCAGUUCCAGGACGAGCUCAUCCAAAACAUCGAGAAUGCCAUACGAUCCCAGAACGUACCGCCAGACUUACUUGGGCUCCUGCUCAACUUGGCUGAAUUCAUGGAGCAUGACGACAAAGCCUUGCCUAUUGAUAUUAGGGUCCUUGGUAGGGAGGCCGGCCGCUGUCAUGCAUACGCGAAAGCCCUCCAUUACAAGGAAUUAGAAUUCCUACAGGACCAGAGCGGACCAGCUGUUGAAGCCUUGAUCGUCAUAAACAAUCAGCUCCAGCAGUACGACGCCGCAAUCGGCAUUCUUCGUAAGGCGCAGCUUUACAAAGACGGCAUCCAGCUCAGAGAAACCUGGUUCGAGAAGUUAGAACGAUGGGAAGAGGCCUUGCAAUUUUACAACAAGAGGGAAGCGGAGAUGCCGGAAGAUCAAGCGGUUCCGCUCGAAAUUGUCAUGGGCAAGAUGCGCUGCUUGCAUGCUCUUGGAGAGUGGGAUGCCCUGGCCAACCUAACGGGCAAUACGUGGGCGAACUCGGCGCCCGAAAUCCAAAGGCGCAUUGCACCACUUGCAACCGCGGCCGCUUGGGGUCUAGGCAAAUGGGAUUCGAUGGACAAUUAUCUACAGUCUAUGAAGCGAAACUCACCCGACCGUUCAUUCUUUGGUGCAAUACUAGCGUUGCAUCGCAACCAGUUCCGAGAAGCCGCCAGCUGCAUUCAACAGACGCGAGAGGGUCUCGAUACGGAACUGAGCGCGCUUGUGAGCGAGUCUUACAAUCGUGCUUACCAAGUGAUUGUCCGAGUACAAAUGCUUGCAGAACUCGAAGAGAUCAUCGUUUAUAAACAGGCUGAUGAUAGGAAGAAGGCUACGAUGCGACGCACGUGGGAGAGCCGUCUGAAAGGAUGCCAAAGGAACGUUGAGGUAUGGCAGCGCAUGCUAAGACUCCGCGGCUUGGUUAUUAACCCCGCGGAGAAUAUGCAUAUGUGGAUUAAAUUUGCAAACCUGUGUCGAAAAUCCGGAAGGAUGGGUUUGGCGGAAAAGUCGCUCAAACAACUCAUCGGCACCGAGCACCCCCUCGAGGCGAUAAUACCAUACUGGAGCCAGAAUGCCCCGCCUCCGCAAGGCACGGCCCCGGCCCCGGCCCCGGCCCCGAGAAUUCCCCCACAAGUUAUCUACGCCGUCUUGAAAUUCUAUUGGGAGUACGGACAACAGGCGAAGCUACGCCAAACAGGCCACCCUGAGAAGACGCUAUUCUGCCUGAGGAAAUUCACGGCUGAUUCCGCCCAGAGCCUUGAGAUGGCCAGAGCGUCGAUACAAGCCGCGCCUAACGGAGUGGACCCGACGAGCGACUACGGCUAUCAUAAUAGUAUAGACGCGGGUAUGCCCAGCUCUAGAACGCAAAAGCUAAUACAAGACCAAACGGUGCUUCUUGCAAAAUGCUUCUUGAAGCAGGGAGAGUGGCAAGUAUCCUUAAACAAACACGACUGGCAGCACCACAAUGUUCAGGACAUCUUAACUUCCUACUCAAAAGCCACCCAAUAUAAUCCGAAAUGGUACAAGGCGUGGCACGCGUGGGCUCUGGCCAACUUCGAAAUCGUCCAGGCUCUCACACCUCCGGCCGAUAGGAACGUCCCGAGGCCAGAUUCAGCUAUCAUCAUCAACCACGUCGUCCCUGCUGUGCAGGGUUUCUUCAAGUCUAUCGCAUUAUCGUCCGGAAGUGCCCUUCAAGACACCCUACGUCUCCUCACCUUGUGGUUUGCGCACGGUGGUAGUAGCGAAGUUAACGCAGCCGUUACUCAAGGCUUCGGGACCGUCAGCGUCGAUACAUGGCUGGAGGUAAUUCCGCAGCUCAUCGCCCGGAUCAAUCAGCCUAAUACGCGAGUGCGCCAAUCUAUUCACAAUCUACUCGCCGAUGUCGGGCGCAAUCACCCUCAAGCCUUGGUAUAUCCUCUAACCGUAGCGAUGAAAUCGGCCCAGAGCUCCAGAAGAUCGAAGUCGGCGGCGCUGAUUAUGGAUAGCAUGCGCGCACACAGCGCUAAGCUUGUGGAACAGGCCGACACGGUCAGCCACGAACUUAUCCGUGUCGCGGUACUAUGGCACGAGCUUUGGCACGAAGGACUCGAAGAGGCUUCUCGGUUGUACUUUGGAGAUCACAACAUCGAAGGCAUGUUCGCUACGCUGGGACCAUUACACGAGCUGCUAGAGCGAGGACCGGAGACCCUGCGCGAGAUUAGUUUCGCGCAGACCUUCGGCCGAGACCUCACCGAAGCUCGGGAGUGGUGUCGCCAGUACGAGUCCAGUCACGAUGUGAACGAUCUCAAUCAGGCGUGGGAUCUAUACUACCAGGUGUUCCGUCGGAUUGGGAGGCAACUACCGCAGAUGUCGUCUCUGGAGCUUGCAUAUUGUUCACCAAAACUGUUAGCAGCCAAAAAUCUCGAUCUAGCAGUUCCCGGUCAAUACAAGAGCGGCGCCCCUAUCGUUCGCAUCCUCUCAUUCGACUCGACCUUCAGCGUGAUCAACUCCAAGCAGAGACCAAGAAAGUUGAAUAUUAACGGGAGCGAUGGAAACCAGUAUUCCUUCCUAUUGAAGGGACAUGAGGAUAUUCGGCAAGACGAACGUGUCAUGCAACUAUUUGGUCUAUGCAACACUCUGCUCGCUAAUGACUCCGAGUGCUACAAACGCCAUCUUAGCAUUCAACAAUAUCCGGCAAUACCCCUCAGUCAGAAUUCGGGACUUCUCGGCUGGGUGCCAAACAGCGACACAUUGCAUGUGCUGAUUCGCGAGUAUCGUGAGAGCCGCAAGAUUCUCCUUAAUAUAGAGCACCGUAUCAUGUUACAGAUGGCACCAGACUACGACAACCUUACUCUCAUGCAAAAGGUUGAAGUAUUUGGUUACGCGCUAGACAACACCACUGGUCAGGAUCUAUACCGCGUCUUAUGGCUAAAGAGUAAGAGCUCUGAAGCCUGGCUAGAAAGGCGCACGAACUAUACACGCAGUCUAGGUGUCAUGAGCAUGGUUGGCUACAUUCUCGGUCUCGGCGACAGGCACCCGAGCAACUUAAUGCUCGACCGCAUUACUGGGAAGAUUAUCCAUAUCGACUUCGGUGACUGUUUCGAAGUUGCCAUGAAGCGAGACAAAUAUCCCGAGCGAGUCCCAUUCCGUCUUACUAGAAUGCUCACAUACGCGAUGGAAGUCAGCAACAUCGAGGGUAGCUUCCGGAUUACGUGUGAGCAUGUCAUGCGCGUCCUCAGGGAGAAUAAAGAGAGUGUUAUGGCCGUCCUAGAAGCCUUCAUCCACGAUCCGUUGCUGACCUGGCGUCUCACUAACGCGGCCUCCCCUGUUGGCCCCAACUUCCGUUCCGAACGCGAAUCAUCCUUAGUCGCUGGUGCUCAGCGAGCCCGCAGACCAAGUAUCCUAGAUUCCGAACACCCGCCGUCCGAAUUCCUCGCUGCACAACAAGCAGCCGGCGCCGUUGAUUCGGGCCAUCCCGGUGGCCCGCUCGCUUCUCGCGCUAGGGCACGCACGAAUUCAAGUCUGAUUAAUGGUACAGGCCAGAUGCUCGACGGCGAGAUGGCCGAGAUACAAAACGCUCGCGCGGUCGAAGUGCUAGACCGCGUGAACCAGAAGCUGACUGGCCGGGAUUUCAAGCCGACCGACGAGUUGGAUAUCUUAACACAAGUUAACAAGUUAAUCAUGGAAGCAACUAAGCUCGAAAACCUCUGCCAGCAUUAUAUUGGCUGGUGUUCGUUCUGGUGAACGCACCGCAUAUGCCCGCGUUGGUUAUUUCUGUACCCAAAGAGAGUUUUGUAAACUAGUAGAUGGGUAGAUUUGGUACGGAGUUGGUAUGGGAUGAGAAUUAUGAGCAGUGAUGCAAGGUAACGCAAUUUGCUAGGGCACGCACAUGCCUCAUUCAUAUUAGUGGCUUCACCAUAAUGAUAUACGUAGUAUUCAAGCGCCUUGCGACAUUAGACUUGUAAGUCUUCUUACGUCUGACUGCUUAGGUCUCUAUGGGGUAUACUUUUGGAUCCGUCGUAGUAGGAUAAGUACCUAAGGUAUCUAAGAUGAACUAAGUCCUUAAGGGAGGUCGGUUAUUAAAGAAAGGGGUUGGCGGAGCGUUCUGCCUUCCCCAGAACGCGGAGACCGACCCGCUUACGGAGCAGGCAAAGGCGCGAGGUUGAGGAGGAUAACCUCGGAGCUAUUGAGUGGUGCCGCGGGGUUUUAUGGGAGCGGAGUGACAUAUGAUUUAUUGAAGCUAAUACGGAACUACGAUGAGGCUCUGCCACGCUAUUUAUUGUUACAACUUCCAGUCAUUACUAACAAUAAGCUAGUGUUUACUAAAGGGAAC